AAAUCUGAACUGACGAAUGCGCGUAGUUGGCCUCAUAGUCAACGAAAACAGUGGUGCACGCGGUUUCCGUGGCACAACGACCGUUGAAACAGUUACCCUAUUGAACGUAGUUAAGGUUAAACGAGCCAAGUAUACCCUGUAACCAGUCCAGGGUAUUUAGCAACCCCUCUGGCGACAAAUCAUUCAAUCCUUUGUGACGUUCGCGGCGAACCAUACCAUGUUAAUCGGGCUACCGCAGUUUCCUUUUACAUAAACUGUACCUUGAGAGAAACUUUGUGUAUUUGUUUAGAGGGGACCACAGUUGUUUGGGCUCCUACUAGAGUUACGUUUUUCAAAAAAUUGUGCAAGGAUACCAGUGUGUAAGAAGUUACAAGUACAGUCAAUUACGUAGUAUCGAGGCAUUGCUAGAACUUUGCACGACUUACAAAUAGGAAAAUCUUGGUAACUUACCAUAUUGUGUGAUACAAAAGUUAGUAACGAAAAUGUCAGUAUUGAAUCAAAGCGGAGAUGAUGCUGUAGAGUGUCCUUUGUGUAUGGAACCAUUGGAGGUGGAUGAUUUGAAUUUUUUUCCAUGCACUUGUGGAUAUCAAAUAUGUCGUUUUUGCUGGCAUAGAAUUCGUACCGACGAAAAUGGUUUGUGUCCUGCUUGUCGGAAGGCCUAUUCUGAAAAUCCUGCUGAUUUUAAGCCUCUCAGUAUGGAAGAAAUUGCAAGAUUAAAAGCUGAGAAGAGAUUAAAAGAUCAGCAACGUAAGCAGAGAGUUACAGAAAAUCGUAAACAUCUAGCAAAUGUGAGAGUAGUACAAAAAAAUCUAGUAUUCGUAGUAGGAUUACCGUUGCGGCUUGCGGACGCUGAUGUAUUAAAGCGGCAUGAAUAUUUUGGAAAAUUUGGUAAAAUUCACAAAGUUGUAAUAAAUCAAAGCACUUCCUAUGCAGGGUCUCAAGGCCCUAGUGCUUCGGCUUACGUUACCUACCAACGUCAAGAAGAUGCAUUACGUGCUAUAGAGGCUGUAAAUAAUGUUGUUAUGGAUGGUCGAACAAUAAAAACGUCACUAGGAACGACAAAGUAUUGUUCACAUUUUAUGCGCAAUCAGCCAUGUCCGAAACCGGACUGUAUGUAUUUACACGAUCUUGGGGACCAGGAGGCUUCGUUUACGAAGGAGGAGAUGCAUCAGGGAAAACAUCAGGAGUAUGAACGAAAGCUCGUGCAAUCGUUACAUGCAUCGCAUGCAUCUGCUCAACGGAAACCAACGCCAUCGCCAUCGGUGACGGGUAGUAUUGUUCGAGAGAAUGGAAGUUCAAAUUCUCAAGCUAAAGAAGCUUGGCCAUCGUUACAGACUGGACAGACAAAUAGCACACAAAUAAAUUGUAAAGAACUAUCACCGCCGUCACAAGCAACAUCGCAACCGAACAACAUAACGAAUGGGAGUGGUACAACAAAUCAACAAAGUCACGUAUCGUCUGGUGGCUCUACGCAUCAACAGAAUAAUAAUAACAAGGGUGAAAGUAUCAAUUUACGAAGAGGCAAAAGUAAUAGUGAAAGUAAAGCACAAGCAGCGAGGAAUAAACAUAAAAAUUGUCAAAAUAAGGAAAAACAUAGUACACGAACAACGUCACGGUCCGAAUCGAGCUCAAUCGGUGCGCAAACCAAUUUACAACCACAAAUUAAUGGGCAGAAGGAUAUUCGAAACUUUUCGUCUGAAACGAACAGUGAUGUGUUGCAAAAAUUGGGUAACAAAUGUAAAUCGGAACAGCAACAACCACCGCAACAACAGUCACCGUCGCAACAGCAACAACAAAACAAUAAAGGAUCGAAAUUAGUUCAGCAGCAGCAACCGUCUCAAGAACUUAAAGUAAACGGAGUAGUACAAAAUGGGGAACGACGACAUUCGGAUAGUGAGACAGAUCAGCAACGCGAAGGUAGUACACCGGCUAGUACAAUUUCGAGUACGGAAGAUUCGAAUGUGAAUCAACAAGUAGAACAUUUAGCAGAAUCGAGCGAGGAGAACAGUGGUGCUGCUAUUUUGGGUUCCUCUCCAGCUAGCACAAAUUCAUCGCAAGGUGCCAAUCAACAACCACCACCAGGACUACAUAAUGGAUCACAAAUGCAACUUAGUCAUCGGUCGAUCUUUCAGGCGGACAAUAACAGCUUCUUCAGUUCAAAUACUUUCCAGAAAAUCUCUACCACCACCUCAGUGCCACCUACUUCUUUAACAGCAAACUCAAAUCUGAAUUGGACAAGCACAGGCUUAGCUUCAAUCCCCGAUUCGUUGCCAAUGGUUCAGUCGACCGAAGACUGGCAGGCAGCUUUUGGUUUUCAACCGGAACAAUCACGAACAAAUCAUGUACAAAAAUCCAGUCCUUCGAGUUCACCAGGAGUAACAUUCAAUUCUGAAGGUUUCGUAGACGAAGAAGUUUACAACAAUUUACAGUAUACCACACUCUCAGAAUCCUCUGGUACUUUUACAUCCAGUUUACUUGUUAACUCACCUGCAUCCAAAUUUAUGGCAGACUUCCAGCAAAACUCAUUACAACAAAGGCUUGCCCUGCAGGCGCAACAAAACCAAGAGAAUUGUGAAUACAUAAAGCAAAACGGUCAUGCUACUCUGGAGGAAGUUCGGAAUCAUAAAGAAUCUGGUUCAGAUAUCAAAGCGGACGAUGACUUAGGUUUUGAUCCCUUUCACGAAACGCAAAAAGCUCUGGCUGAACUUAUGGAAAACGAAAUGCAACUCCAACAACAAAGGUUGUUUCAGCAACAGCAACAACAGCAAAGAGAAAGAGAAGAACAAAAUAGGAUACAGCAUCAACAGAAUAUUGCAAACCUUGGUCAGCAACACUUUCCACAGGUUGCUCAUAUAGCUCAUUUACAACAACAAGCUCAACACCUGCAGAAUCUACAAGUUCUCCAACAAUCGCAUUCCCUGUUGUCGCGUCUUCCACAAAAUUUACUACAAAGUGGUACCCAAAGUCCUGCUCAGAGUACCGUGGCUGCAGCCAGUUUGGGACAACGUAGCCGCCUUCCACCACCAGGUUUCCCUGGUUCUACACCAAAUCACAUGAAUUCUUUUGGUCUUGGUAUACCGCGACCAGCUCCCACGAACGGUGCUCUUUCGGGAGCGCAACCACCGCAGCAAAACGCCUAUCUUCCGAAUGGAAAUCCCCUUCUGAAUUCACAAGGUAUUAGUAAAUGCGCGGGCGAUGCAGUUUAUACGCUUAAGGAUUGGUGUGAUAUCAAUAAUCAGCAACAGCAACAACAAUUUCAUCAUCAAACAUUACAUCAAAAAGGAGGAUGGAACAACUUUGGACCUAUCGCGGACUGGACUUCGAUUGAUCCAGCUAUCGUUAGUUCUUCUAGGCCUCUUCCAUUCCAAACUACCAGUACAUGGCAGUUUCCACACGUUCAUCCCACACACACUGUAUCACAUACUGCGCAACAGGAACAACAAAACGCAUCAACUCAACAUUGGGCAAUGCAACCACCCCCAGGUUUUGCUGCACCAGCGACUACGGGACAAUUGAGUAAUCAACAGCCAAGCACAACUACACAGCCGCACACCAAACUUAUCUCUGCAGGAUCGGAAAUUGAAAAUCUAUAAAUAAAUAUGAGUACGCGAACUGUACAAGUGUAUGAUAAAACAUCCAUACAAGACGAGAUGAGAGUCAGCAACGAUGCAAAACCUGACAGUCUGUUACGUACGUUUUCCUGACCCGUGUCUAUAUAUUUCAAUUCAUUUUAAUUCUGAUACUUUAUCUGUUUUCACUGGAUAAGUAGUAUUUAUCGUUGAACAAGUAUUGAAAGAUGCUGAAAUAUAAUUUAAUGGAUACUUUUUGAAUAUAUGCGACGAAUAUACUCUUAAAUACGUUCUCGAUAAUAUUCUCAUAUUUAACCUAUAGAAAAUUUAUGUCUGGCAGUCUUAUUAUAAUUAAGUUUCACGUAGACCGAGAAACGCAGAUACCAAAUCAAAGGCAAUGAUCAUGAUUUAAUAAUUAACACGUAAACAAGCUAUUUACACGUUUAGUGUAACGGUAAUUACACUAAACAAAAAAAUUUGUGUGUAUAUAUAUUAUUCUGACUCAAGUAAACAAUACAAGCGAAAAAAACAAAACAUGCUUUUCUGUGUAAAUAACAUUUUCAUAAGAACAUGUGUCACGAACGAAAAAAAGUGGACAGAUUAGAAAUUCAGGAAUUUUCGUUCUUAAAAUCUAAAAUAGGUGAUUGUGUUACAACAAAAAUGAUCGAUAUUUAACACACCUUUUUAUUUAAAAUAUAGUGGCGUAUUACAUUUAUACUAUAAAGUGCUUAUAUACUGGCAAACAUUAGAACAAAUUUUUUAACAGAAUAUUAUCUGUUUGUCUGUUUCUGGACAAAAGAUUUCUGUUAUAAAUGUAUUAUAAAUAUGUAUUAUUAUUGUGAAAAUGUGCAGAUACACACAUGCUAAUAAAAGGAACUAAAGUGUAAAAAAAAAAAAUAAAAACCAAGUGGGCUUUUAUUUUUCUCUAAAAGGAUUCCGAAUUUAAAAUUGUAAUCAUUGUUUUUCCUGCAAUCUAAAAUUCACGGAUACGAUUUGAGUUCAAUUUGGAGCAAGUAUCCGUUGAACAGAUAUAUGAACGUUAUCCGAUGAAUAUUUUGCAACUUCUCGCAUUCGCUUUAAUUUUAAAGUGGAAAAUUUAUAGAGGAGAAAAAAUAUCACAGUGGUGCUGCGAAGGAAUGUGUAAGAGAAUUCUCAAGUAUAGCAUACUAGUUUCGACAUUGAUCGUGUAUUACACGUUAAAGCUUAUGCCAGACAAAUAUAUAAUUUUAAGUAGAUACGUUCGUCGCAUUUGUAUUAUUAGAGGACAGCUAACAGCAUAGUAAAAGAAGUCUAAGUUCGAUCAGGAGAAGAAU